GGAAGAGCAUUCGGCUAGGUGUACGCGAGGAGAGAUGGCCCGCAGUAGUCCACCAGCUUGGCUCAAAUUUAUUUGCGUGUAGUUGGGACGAGCUGUUGCUAUGGCCGAUGGCCAGGGAAAGCGCUCCAAAGAGGCGGCCACCCGUGAGGACUUUCAGCAGCUGCGGGUCGUGCAGCUCAGGCGGCUGUGCAGGGGCGCCGGCCUCCAGGUGGCAGGCAGCAAGUCCACGCUCGCUGCACGCCUGGCAGACUGCAGCGAGUCGCCCUACGGACACGAGGAGAUGUUGGCCCUGCGGCAGGCCUUCGGGGCGGCCGCCGCCCCCGCGGCGGCGCGCGCCGCGCGGAAGAGGCCGGCCGCGGCGGACGCCUCGGGAGCCGACAAGGUUGCACGCACUUCGCGCGCGGCAGUGGUGGGCGAGCGAGAUCUGCGCCGGCUGCUGUGGGCCUUGGAGGACGGAGCUCUGGCCUGUGAGCGCUGCGGUGGACCACUGCUGCACCGCAACGGCCGCUUCGGGCUCUUCCUGGCGUGCGGUGCCUCUCCGCCAUGCGGUCAGUUCGAGAACCUGAAGCAUGCGAGUUCACGUCUUGGUGAUGAUGAAGGCCCGCUCUGCAUCACGAUGGAACUGGAGGACGUCUGUCAGGUUCGCCUGUACGCGGUCGGGGCGCGCGACUCUGCCUGCCUGCGGGCGUGGGCGGCAGAGUGCGGGCUGGGACCUGAGGUCGUGGCGCCUCGGGAUGACUGGGUGGCGACGUGCAGCAGAGCGGUGAUCGGCGCCGCCCGGCCGGGGAGCACCCUGUUUUCAUGCAGAUUCCCGGAGGAGUAGUCGUAGUAGUUGC